GCCUGAGCGUAAGGACGUGGGGUUUUCGAGUUUGCGCAGUCGCUGCGUCGGCCCGACCCUUCAGCCUCGGUGGGGAGGGGGCGACGUUGAGAUGGGGGCGGCGGCGGCGGAGGCGGACCGCACUCUCUUUGUGGGCAACCUUGAAACUAAAGUGACCGAGGAGCUGCUGUUCGAACUCUUUCACCAGGCUGGGCCAGUAAUAAAGGUGAAAAUUCCAAAAGAUAAGGAUGGUAAACCAAAGCAGUUUGCGUUUGUGAAUUUUAAACAUGAAGUAUCUGUUCCUUAUGCAAUGAAUCUACUUAAUGGAAUCAAACUUUUUGGAAGGCCCAUCAAAAUUCAGUUUAGAUCAGGAAGUAGUCAUGCCUCACAGGACAUCAGUUUAUCAUAUCCCCAGCAUCAUGUUGGAAAUUCAAGUCCUACCUCUACAUCUCCUAGCAGCAGAUAUGAAAGGGCUGUGGAUAGCAUGACACCAUCAUCACAGAUAAUUCAGAGGUCAUUCUCUUCUCCAGAAAAUUAUCAGAGACAAGCAGUGAUGAACAGUGUUUUGAGACAGAUGCCAUAUGGAGGGAAAUUUGGCUCUCCACACAUGGAUCAAUCAGGAUUUUCACCAUCAGUUCAGUCACACAAUCAUACUUUUAACCAGUCUCCAGGCUCCCAGUGGCGCCAAGAUACAUCACCAUCCCAGUCCCAGCGUAAAAUCAGACAGAAUUCUCAUCCCUACCUAGCAGACAGACAUUACAGCCGAGAGCAGCGUUAUGCUGAUCACGGGUCUGACCACCAUUACAGAGGACACAGAGAAGACUUCCUCUAUGAAGACAGGAAUCAUGAUGGCUGGAGCCAUGAUUAUGAUAACAGAAGGGACAGCAGUAGAGAUGGAAAAUGGCGCUCAUCUCGGCACUAGCAAACAUUAAAAGGACGUUGUUUUUUUAGGGUCAUUUUAGGCUCUUUUUGACUAAGUUGAGCUGAAAAUAUUUUGAAAAACUGUACAAAACAGUUUCAAGUUGUCACAUUUUUUAAACAAUCUACAGUUACCAUUUCAUAGAGAAAUGAGAAAAUUUGUGGUUCCAGUUUUAUUUCACUAGUAACCUUUCACCUCAGGGUUUUAUAAAGAGGAAAGGGUUUUACGCAAAAGAAAGUGCCACAGUUCCUAAUCAUUUAGACAGCUUCAGAAGGGUGGAGUGUAUACCAGGCAUGAUUAAAAAAAUAAUACAACGUUUAAAUUUAAAAGAAGAAAAUUAUAGUAAAAGACACAUUGUUAUAAUGCCAUGGCAGCAAUGUGUCUUUUGCUGUAACAGUUUUAAAAUCUAAACAUUCCCGUAUACUUUGAUCAGACCUCAAAGAUGGUUGUAUUAUAAAGCAAGUAUUUUAAUUUUUUGUACUGCAAGAAAUUUUGUGUUAAGUGAAUCCAGUUUUGGUGGGUACAAUAUGAAGUUUAAGUUGAUAGUCUCAGAUGGCUAUUUUGUUAAUAAAUUAGAAAAUAUAAUUUUUCUAUGAUUUAUUAACAGUUUCAGGAAGUUACUAGUUGUUAGUAGAUAAAUAAUUUUGGUUAAUUUAGAGAACUUAAGUAUAAAUUCUGUGACAUGUUCUUACCCUAUACAAGUAUAAAUCUACACGUGCUAUUCUAAAGUUUUAGAAAUUUUUUAUUAAAUCAUGUUUGCUGUAUGACUGGUCACUCAGGAACUUAAGUAUCUGUACAUGAAAUAUCCAUAGGUGUAUAUUUUUACAUGGAAAAUUACAGUAUUAAUGUUAAUUCCCUUUUUCAGGAAGAACAAAAAUAACAAUGUAUACUCAUAAAAUGGUACAAUGUUUUACUGAAAGCAUUCGUUUUCGAAAAAAAAGAUUCAUGAAGUUGUUAUGUGCUGCCUCUCUCACUCAAACUUCAGAAAUUUUAACAUUUUCCAAGUGCCCAAGACAUGUACCAAGGAUACAUUUUGUUAUGGACAUUGUACAAGUUGAUUUUUGUUUGAACAUUUGGAAAGAAUUUAAUGUUAACAUUUUUCUGCUUUUAAAAUUUUAAAAUCCUAAAAAUUUUAUGUAUCAAGAUACUGUUUCCCUUCAAUUGCAGAAUUGUUUAUAAAAUUCACUAGUUGAAAAAUUUGGAUCCUUUUUUAAUAAUAAUCACAGCAUUUGUACUGUUACUUUGUAAUAUAUUAAAAUAUAAAAGGAAA